AUGGCAGUUGCACUGUUACAUAAAGUCCUUUUCCGGUUUCAGUUGUUACAAUAUACUUUCCGAUUCAUCAUUCAUUAUUCAACUACGAGUACUCCUAUGGAAAAAUUGUUGCCAAAUUACGGAUUAUUGCUGCUGCUUCUUGUUCUUGACUACGCCUUAGGGGAAAUUAUCCUUCCACUUUCAUUAUUCAAUAAGGAUUGGCAAGGAGAUCCAAAAAUAGAUUUUGGUACAAAACCCUACAUCUACGUAGCUUCGAACGAUUCUGACGAGCUUCUCAAGAAAAUCACAUGUUUUCUAGAGGACAGCGGGGGCGAAACGAAAAAAACGGCUCUCGUUCUUGCUACAUGGACAAAGGCGUAUAGCACUGCUAUAAAUCAGAAGCGAGCAUGGACAGGAGACGGCGAUAAUGCUACGUUCUCGGUGAAAAGUACAUUAACAAAGGAGGAAGCGGCCAGUCUCAAGGGUGUCCUUUACACCACAAAUGCAGCUGAUGACACAACACCGGUUUUCGAUGCUUGGAAGAUCACAGCAGAGGGAGCAAGGUUUAAUUUCAAGAAGGUGACCACAGCUGUCUUUCUGAACAACGCGCCAACCACACGAGCGCAGCUUUCGAACUUUAGCGCAGAUCCGGAUGUAGAGCUUGGAAUCUUUUCUGGUGUGCCCAAUGGAACGACGUACAGUGCUAUCAUAACAUAUAACGGCAGCGCAAACACAACUAUGGAUCCUGCGUUUCUUGCACUGCGAGCAUUCACUGUGAGAACCACCGGGUCCGCUAGUUUCACUCUCGGAGGGAAUAUCAGUAGAGGUCCCAAUGAGAUGAAAACCCAUCCGUCGAUGGGAAUUCUACUAUCAGCCGAAUAUCCGAAGAAGACCGGCGCCGCCGAGAAGCAGCUGAUCACUUACGACAAGAAAAUGAAUUUCACCGUAAAGGCAUCAUUCGACUUGAACGAUGGCGAAUAUAUUACUGUAACGUUUAUGAACCUGAAAGCUGGCAGCCAAAUAUACGCGAACAAUUUAACCUCCUCGGGUUCGUGGAAUAUGAGCGUAAUUUCCGAGCAGUUGUCUGUUCAACCAUCAUCCAAAUAUGCUGGUGCAUUUCUAGUCUCCUAUGCGACUCAGGAUACAGAUCAACAGCACGAGCCAACUGGCAGUUCAACCCAAACUAACGUUACCACUACUUCCGGUCCAAACGAAGUGACAACGACAAACGGAUGUACUUCUGUGGCUCUGUCUCUUCUGUCGCUUUUCGUUGUAACGGUCGCAGCUGCAGUUUUGCGGUGA